CUAGCGACCAGAGCCGCACGGAUCGGGAACCGCUGAAGCAGGAGAGGUGGCAGCCCAGUGACGACCACCAUGGGGGACCAGAGGCCGCAGGACCGGCCGAGGUCCCCGGGCAUGGACUCCACUCCCAGGUACUGUGACAAGCGGCCUUCCAAGUGCUUCGCGGAGCGCAAGCACAGGCGCGUGAAGUUGCCACCCAUAGACACGGAAAACUGGAUAUUUGUGAAGGAGGGCAUGGACGACUUCCGCUACGGCUGUCCGUCUCCCGAGGAUAUGCUCAUUUGCCGCCGGGACGACUUCUUACUCCCCAAAAUCUCUAGCAGAAGUCCGCAUGCUGACCCCCAAAGCAGGCAGAAAAAGCUACUCAAGAAAGCGGCCCUAUUUUCCAAACUCUCGCCAGCCCAGCUAGCACGGAAGGCGUUCGUAGAGGAAGUGGAAGGCCAGCUGAUGGCUGAGCAUUCCUUGGCCAUGGUCCCCAAUGUGGGAGCAGAUAUGCCUCCAGAUCUACUACGACAGGUGCUGGAAGUGCUGGAUCCUGAGAGAAACCUGGAGGGCGCAUGGGCUUGUUGUGAGGGCUCGGAGAAGGCAACCGAGGAAUCCACCGAGCCUGGUAAAUACCCUUGUGGUGAAUUCUACCCAUGGCCUCCCGAGACUCCGGUAUCAGAUCUCCGCCUAGAGUCUCCUGAGAGUAGAUUGUCUCAUCUCCCUCCAGAGAUUCCUGAGACGGGAGUGUCCAGCCUCUACCCGGAGCCUCCCGAGACUGCAGUGUCCCAUUUCUGCCCGGAGCCUCCCAAAACUAGCAUAUCUCGUCUCUGCCCAGAGCCUCCUGAGACUGGAGUGUCCCAUCUCAGCCCAGAGCCUCCCAAGACUCAGCUGUCCAGUCUCUGCCCAGAGCCUCCAGAGCCUGGAGUGCGUCAUUUCCACCUGGAGCCUCCUAAGACUCGUCGGAUGUCCAGUCUCCACCGGGAGCCUCCUGAGACUGGAGUGUCUCAUGUCUACCCCGAGCCUCCCAAGAGUCGUAGAUCAUCCAGUGUCCACCCAGAGCCUCCCGAGAUUGGAGUGUUUCAUGUCCACCCAGAGCCUCCCAAGAGUCGUCGAUCAUCCAGUCUCCACCCAGAGCCUCCCGAGAUUGGAGUGUCUCAUGUCCACCCAGAGCCUCCCAAGAGUCGUCGAUCGUCCAGUCUCCGCUCGGAACCCCCCAAGACUGAAGUAUCUCAUGUCCACCCAGAGCCUCCCAAGACUCAGAGGUCCUGUUCCAGCCCGGAACCUCCUGACACUAGUGUGGUGGCCAAUCUCCUACUAGAGAUACUGAAACUGCUGGAUUCCCAGAAGGAGCUGAAGGACGCAUGGGUUCGUUGUGAGGCCCGGGUGAAGGCAAACGAGAAACCCACCGAGCCUGAUACAUACCCUUCUGGAGAAGCCCUCCAGCAGCCUCCCGAGACUCCGGUGUCUCAUCUCUGCCCAGAGACUCGCAAAGCUCGUCGGGUGUCUCAUCACCGCCGGGAGGCUCCCAGGACUCGUCGGCUGUCCAGUCUCCACCCUGAGCAUAUCAAGUCUCGUCGGGUGUCCAGUAUCCGCCCGGAGCCUCCCAAGACUCGUCGGAUGUCCAUUCUCCACCCAGAACCCCCCAAGACUCGUCGGGGGUCCAGUCUCCACCAGGAGCCUCCCGAGACUGAAGUGUCUCAUCACCCAGAGCCUCCCAAGACUCGUCGCGGGUCCAGUCUCCGUCCAGAACCUCCCGAGACUGAAGUGUCUCAUCUCCAACCAGAGCCUCCCAAAGCUCCAGUGUGCCAACAAUUAUCAGAGCCUCCCAAGAUUCGAGCAUCCUUUAUAAAAGCACUGUUUCCGGAAGAUACACCAAGCACAAAGAAGGGUUCUCCUCAAUUUAGAUACACAUCGGAAAAACUCCGUGACUUCUUCAAGUGGAUUGAAGAUCUGGGAGCUGAUGAAGAAUCCAUCAGGGAUCUCUUUGACUUUACUCCCCAGUGCAAACCAACGUGGUUCGACCAAAAGAUAAAGAAGAUGAACAAGUGGACCUCAGAGCUGCAGUACAACAUAGAGCUAGAAGAAAUGGGUGAGGUCAAAUUACUCUCAAAGGAAAAAUUCUGGAGGAGAGAAUCGCAGCAGACAGCACCGAAUUCUUAUACUGCGCAGCCUGUGAAGAUGAGGUAUGGAGCAUGGUAUCUCAAGCCUAAGUUGUGGAGAAAGCUAAGAAGUGAUGAACCUUUGAUUGACCCCAAGCUCUUACUUAAAAAGCCUGAUGAACCCGACAUUCUUGACGAUCUUUAUAUACCAAUCGCCUUUAAGGAUUUCAUUCUAAGCAGGGGCUACGAAAUGCCUGGUGUCAUUGAAAAGCUGUUUGCCAGGAUGGGAUGGACUUAUGACUCUGUUAAGACUCCUAUGGAACGCGCAAUGAAACUUUACAAAUACAAACAUCCACGGCGACGAGGGGGCAUUGCAGGAUUAGACCAUUUUCUACUUAGAACUUAA